AUGUCCGCCGCCUGGCUUACGCCGCCCGUCACACUGACGGGCAGUCGCGAGUUUACCUGUGACAGCUUUGGCUUCACACAGGAGCAGUGCGAUUACUACCAGCAGCGUUGGCAUUUCUGGUUCAUCGCUGACCAUGUCUAUGCGCUGUCGACAAUCGCCUUCCUUAUGAGCGUCCUUGGCAUCUUCGUCAUUGGCAACAUUGUCUCGCAACUGCUUGGAUAUCGAGCAUGGCACCGCUCUUCCCCGUGGCAGAAAGUAAUCGCAGCAACACGAUACUUAUCUUACCGCGGUUUCCACGUCCAGGCGCUGCGAUGGAACUCGGCCCCAUUGGGGCUUCUGCUUCUCGCGGCUGCAGGGACUGUCUUUUUCUUCUACUAUCUUUUCAGGCAUGGAUCUGAUUCCCCAACCAUAUUACUGGCCAAGUCUGGACUUUGGCGGCUCUCCACCGUUGGGGACAAGAUCGGGAUGGAUGGCUCUGGCAUCGCGACGGCCACCAAGACUAACUGGAUCACACUUGUCACGGGUGUCUCCCACGAGAAGCUCCAGGUGUUCCACCGAUGGAUAUCUUACGCUUUCUUCCUUCUCGCACUUAUGCAUACGUUUCCCUUUAUCGUCUUUCACAUCCGAUUCGGCGAUAUGGUCAUGCAGUUCGAGAUGGGCCUGAUAUUUUACUGGACUGGCAUCGUAGCCAUCAUCUUGCAGGCUUGGCUUACUUUUGCGUCUCACAGUGUGAUUCGAAACCUGGGUUAUGAAUUCUUCAAAGCAACCCAUCUACUUGCCGCCGCAGUAUUUGUCUUGAUAUUUUUCUGGCAUUGCGAUUACACCCUGACUUCCUGGCACUACUUCAUUGCGACAGCGGCUGUAUACGUCCCUUGCUACGUGUAUCCAUGGCUGAGGACUUGUUUCGAGUACGGUACGCGAGCAAAGGCCCAGGUCAUCGUUGAGGAUGGCGGCUUCACGCGCAUUUCAAUCCCGGCGAACUUCACAUGGAUCCCUGGACAGCACUGCUUCCUCCGCUUCACCGGCUUUGGAUUCUUGCAAUCUCUUUCGGCGCAUCCGUUCACAAUUUGCUCCAUGCCAUCAAAUGGAACAGAAGAGAAGUCGGAGCUCAUCUUCUACAUUCGCCAUCAGCGCGGCUUAACGGCACGGCUGUACCAGUCUGCUCUGAAAAACCUGGGUGCCUCCAUUCCUGUACUUGUUGAUGGCCCUUACGGAGGAAUCAACUUGCAAUCAUACGCUCACAGCGACCAUCUUCUUGUCAUUGCAGGAGGAUCGGGUGCAGGAUGGACUUUACCAUUCAUCGAGCAAUUUAUCAGGUGCCAGGGAAAGACCGUUGAUGAAGAGCGCGGCCAAGCGGCAGACAUUGACAGCAUAGCGAGAAAAACGAAAAGUAACGAACGCAGCAUUCAUGGGCCAUUUACCCUCCGCGUCAUAGUGGCAAUUCGAGACGCAAGCACUCGUUUGUGGUACAUGAACACUGUCAAGAAGCUGCUAUCCGGAUACAGGGCAUUGGAGUCGGUUUCCACCAUUCGUAUCCAAUUGCAUCUAACUGGGGAGGCUGCACAAGAGGUAGAUCUGGCUGAUAAGGCCCUUGAGUAUCCAACAGAUGUAAACAAGGCUGCCGCCUUGCCAGAGAACAUCAUUGCCCAAGAAGGCCGAACAGAGACUGCGGCAUCGGCGCUGUUUGACGAGCAACUCGAAGGACGACCUCAGCUCCCGCUGAUUAUCCAAGAAGAGGCAUCAAGGACAUCGGAUGGAGGUGAAUCACUUGCUGUCUUUGUUUGUGGACCAGUUACUAUGCAAGAUGAUGUUCGAAAUGCUGUUGCGAAAGCAAAUCUAGGCAUCCUAAAAGGCUCCAGGUCUGGAGGAGUAUAUUUGCAUUCCGAGCAUUUCUCUUGGGCAUAA